AUGAAGCGAGUGCUGUGUGCGGGAUGUGACACCCCGAUUCUGGACCGUUUCCUCCUGAAGGUGGAGGAUAGGGCCUGGCACGCUAAGUGCGUCAAGUGCUGGGACUGUCAAGGAACACUGGCAGAGAAGUGCUUCUCGCGCGAAGGGAAACUCUUCUGCCGCACAGAUUUCUUCAGGCGCUUCGGCACAAAGUGCGGAGGGUGUUCGCAGGGCAUCUGCCCCACCGACCUGGUGCGCAGGGCCCGGGGUCGGGUGUACCACGUGGCUUGCUUCACGUGCCUGCUGUGCCGGAAACAGCCGUCGACGGGAGAGGAGCUCUACGUGCUGGACGAGACACGUUUCGUCUGUAAAGAGGAUUUCAACAGACAGCAGCAGCAGCAACAGCAUGUCUCAGGGUCCAGUUCCCCACUCGACUCACCGGAACUAGACGAGUCCUUGGGCGAUCCGGCCACUAGCCCCAACCUGGACGCAGGUGACGCAUGCGCUGACCGGUACAGGGACGUCGUGAGUGGUGGGUCCGGGGCCAACAGCCCGCACAACACCAGCAGCGGCCACGCCCACUCGGCAUCGGAAGAGGGCCCCGGGGGCCCCUCGGACUGUCUAGCGGGACCGGGCCCUUCCUCCAACGAUGAAGGGACGGGUGGCACCAAGCGGAGAGGCCCCCGCACCACUAUCAAGGCCAAACAGCUGGAAACGCUGAAGGCUGCCUUCGCAGCGACCCCCAAACCCACGAGGCACAUACGAGAGCAGCUGGCACAGGAGACGGGGCUCAAUAUGAGGGUCAUACAGGUUUGGUUCCAAAAUCGGCGGUCCAAAGAGCGGCGAAUGAAGCAACUGAGCAGCUUGGGGGCGAGGCGGCAUUUUUUCAGAAAUCCCAGGAGGGCGAUGAGGCCUCUGAGAGCGGGGCUCAUGGAAGAAGGAAUACCUCACAACACCCCUUUCACCUACUUCUCAGAUUCCAAUAGUCCUAAUGAUUUCAAUUAUGGCCCCCAUCCUGGCUUCUACGACUACUUUCCGGGACCUCAUCCGCAGGGAGGAAUACAGGAGUUUCCCGGCACCGUACCCAUCGGUCCUGGAGGCCCUCUCGAACAUCCUGUUUCCAUAAAUAACGGUGUGCCAACGAUGAAUUCGGACUCAUCGUACGCCAACGCUCCGUCAGAUUGCCUCGGCUCCAGAUCGAGUCCAGAGAAUGCGCUGAAUCUGGCGGAUGGAAGUUUCGGAGGCUCGAGACCCCCGCAACCCGUCACUGAUGGAGUCGCAUUCACACCCUUCGGGAACAACCACAUGCCGCCGCACAUGAGCGAGACCAGGGUGUGGUGACAGUCACAUUUUACACGGUGCCAGAUUCCAUCUUUGCGUUGACUGUUUAUGUAUUGCAAGAAUGCUGCUGGAAGUUAAGAACUACAAGACAUUCAAUGGUUUUAAUGUAAAAAAAAAAAAAACACUACUGUGGCACAAAAUUCUGUGCAACCGCCUCGCCAGUAAAUGUUUGAGAAGUGCAAUCACUUUCAUAAAACAGUACUGUAGCAAUAUUUGUACAUAAUAUACAUAAAAUACAAAGUUGCAAAUAAUUCUUCCUCUUCAGUGAGUACAGUGAAAAAACGCCCUACAGCGAAAGAAAAAUGUUUGAAAAUCAAUUAAACGAAUGCAGUGGACCUUUGAGCAAAAUGGCGUAAAACUGGUUAUAGCGUUUUAACGUAAUAGUACUUAAACUAUUUUUUGCCA